AUGGCCCUUGAAAAGAUCGACUGGACCGUUCCAAGGAAGUUACUCCCAAAGGAUUCGCUAGAGGUAACUGAUAGCGCUAAUCCUUAUGCCGAGUUAAGCGAAAUAUUACCGGGUCUCUACCUUACUUCUGAGGAAAGGGUAUGUAACCGGGCUAGGUCAAUAGAGGAAAGUAUUUCUCUUAUUUUAACGCUGAACGGUGGAGAACACGUGGCGCCCUAUCGGAUUUAUGAGUAUUUGGCGGAGGACCAACGAUAUGUUUACAAGAAAAUAUGUUCUUUUAACGUGUUUGCAUCCCUUUUGGAAGAAUAUGCCUCGACAAGCGUGCCGGAAGACCCUCUGCAACGCAAGGUUUUCAUCCGGUCUGUUCCUGCUGAAGACUGCCCAACGUACGACAUAAGUAGACAUUUCCCUGAAAUGUGUGCGCUUAUUGAGCUGGUUAUGAUGCACAGAAGGGAUACAGAGGUUGAAUUGGCCCGCCAGCACACAGUCGUAGUGCACUGCCUGAUGGGAGUUAGUCGCUCAGCUGCUGUGGUGGCAGCUUACAUGAUGAAGCGAGGAAGGUAUUCCAAGGAUGAGUCUGUCUCUAUCAUGAGAAAAAGCCGGCCGAUUGUGAGUCCUAACCCAGGUUUUCAGAAGCAACUAAUGAGAUGGGAGGAGGGUGCUUAUUACAGGAUAUCGGACAUGCUCUCAGCCACUCUGGCAGCUAGUGAGGUACGUGGGGGAACUGAGCUCAACCAUUUUAUUGAGAGGCAGCUUCGGUUGCUGCUUCGAGAGAGACGCUUCAUAGAAGAUAGGAAGAAUUUUGGGUACGUUAUAUCAUCCGUGUUAAGUAUCACCCCCGGCGUUGGUUCCGCGGUACUGAUGAUUGCCGCCCAUAUUAACCAAUGCAUUGUUGAGGAAGUAUACGUGGACGUUCCUUCAUUUUUCAGCAACGUCUCCGAUAUUGUGAAAAGCAUUUUCCAGCAUAUGCCGAAUUUCAUUAAUGAUAUUACUGAGGAAUUUGGAGACCCCUUUGAUGAUUGUUUCUAUUUUGAGAUGGUUAAAGCGAUCGGCUGCUCUGGAGCCGGAAAGUGCCUCUCUGAUGUCGCGAAGGCAUUUUCUUCUUUGCUAGAGACAGUGCAUACCACACAUAUGAUCAACAACCCGAGGGGCGUGCCUUAUUGGGCAGACUCCGAGGAUGAAAUUGCUAGAGGGUGUCCUGAGGGAAUGAGGUUGAGUUUUACGUUUUUACCAUUUUUGGCUCCUUAUGCCGUAGGAUUUGUCCAGCUCAGAUAUAGCGGGGAGCUUAUGAAUGAGGAGGGACUAUAUUUGCUUCAGGUGACUUCAAGCAGAAUUUCUCCCCCAUCCGAGUAUAAAAUCUCGGAGUUGACCUGCAAUGCAACCGCAGACGGAUGUGCUAUAGCUGUAGAUAUAUUCUCGUGCAUGGUUUCCCAAGUGGGUCAUCUGAAAGAUGAUGUAGAGCUGGAAAUGCUUAAUGCGGUGCUGGGCGGUUCAACACUAUUGGCUGUGAUAGACAAGUUUGUUUAUACAGAAGAACCAAAUGAAGGUAUAGCCUUGCUGUGGAUGCGUAAGGUUGUCGGUGGAGCCGUAGGUAUUCGCCUCUUCUUCGACGCAAUUGACCGGUAUUUGAUGGAGUCCUACCUCAAUGUUGCCGAGAUUGGUACAAUCAAAUCCAUCGCUGACGAGAAGGCACCUUGGGUGGAGAUCGCAACUUCGAUACAACUUGUUAAUAGGGUUUAUAUGGAGCAGUACGGCAAAGUUGUGGAUUUCCUGCCAUGGAUACUGCAAGAGUUGAGCUCAAUGAUAGAUAAUGGAGCUGUGGUAGUGUCUAGUGACAUCUCCUGUUCCGGUGAAUGA